GUAUAGUAUUUAAUCCGUAGAAUUCAUUUAUGAAAUGACAUUUGAGUAAGACCCUGACGUCGGAAAGGUGUGUAUCGAUAAAUUUAUCCAAUAAAAAGCAGAAGCUUAGGUAAAAGAUAGGUGAUAAAAAAGAAAGACUUCAUAUCUCAGUUGUCGUGAUAAAAGAAAGAUUUAUUGUUGAAACUUAUCAGUUCUUGGGUAUUAGCAGUUCAAUCGGGGUGACUGAUAUAAAAUCCGAGUUAAAACUUUAGGACAUAAAUAAAUAACUUUAUACAAAUAUCAGUAGGGAAGUUUUACUUAUUUAGCGUGUGGACUUUUAGUAAUGAUGACAAAUAUUAUUUCAACAGUUAUGAAAACAGUUUGUUUAGUUUUAGUGAUAUCAAGUUUCGUUCAUGCUGGAUUUCUGGAAAACUUUUGUGCACAAAAAUGCAACUUGGGUCUCGGCGGAAAUCUAUGUAGAUGUAAUGGAUUUCAUUUUGCCGGGAAACGGACGAUAACUGACAAAUAUAUAGAAAACAAUCCAGAUUCAUAUAAACCUUAUACAAUGGAUAGGAACACUGCUCCUGCAGAGAUAGAUGUCCCAUAUUACCAAAAUAAUAAAGAUCAUUCAGUAAACAGAUUAAGAGAAAUGAAGUUAGCACAGACCUUUUUACGAUGGCUAAUGACAUCAGGCGAAAGAAGACAAGAAGACCCACAUGAGGCUUUCUUUGGUUACCAAGGCGACAAUCCAAUCGGAGAAUCUUAACCGAACGUUGUGAUGUUUUGUUGGAGAACCAUUGGUGUAAAUCAUAUCUGCUUUAACUUGGCGUAUAAUUUUUUACAAAAUGAUUUGAACAUUUAGCAAGACUAUCGAAGAUGUAAUUAGAGUGAGCGGAAGUAAACUGGUUGUGAUAUUUUACCGGUUUUCAUCACAAGCAGGAAUUUUGUUAUAUUUUCCCUGUCAUUAGGCAUUGAUAAUUUGUUUGUUCAAACUCAGAAACAAGAUAGACCAUUACUACACAUAAAAAACAAUGUAUUUUGUAAACAUUUUCCUUUGUUAUAUACAGUUUUAGAAUGUAUUUUGAAUUAAAAUUGAAAUGAA